AUGGCUUGGCGCAGCGGUUCGCUCUCAAGGUCCCUCCUCUCCACGGCAAGAACAUCAACCGUCCGUUCCUCCCCAUCCCUCCCUCGCCUCCGCCCAUCACCACUUCACAGCCCUCACCUCCACCCACCGCCACUCUCCACCACCAUUCCCAGAACUAUUGGAGGAGUUAUAGGGUGCACCCAAUCGCUACUUCCGCUGCACAGCGUGGUGGCUGCGACUCGCCUGACGUCGCACAUCGCUGUCGAAGCGCGCGCUUGUUGCGAGUUGUCACAAGGUACUUAA